UCAUUCGGUUCAGGUUUGAAAGUGGGCGCGAGGAGCGCGGGACAUGUCCGGGCAUAUGUUCUUGCAUAGUUGCCGAGGCAACGUGGCGCGUGUCAGCUGUGCGGGAACAGCUCAUCCCGUCCGCUCAGUCAUCGGGCUGCUGCCCGGACAUAUUCACCCCGCAGGACCGAGACGUGCAGCGUUCCCCGUGAAAACUCCGGGUUACGCAUUGAAGAUGGACUGCUGACAGUUUCCUCUGGAAAUACCGGAAAAGAAACAACUUCAUCAUGUCAGCUGACGUCAACACGGACGCUGAAAACAACCUGGUCAGACCAAAGGUUGAGUUCUGCUCGUUGCUGCAACACGCCGGAGCGACUAAAGAUGUCUUCACCAUGAAGGAGGUGAUGUUCUACCUGGGUCGGUACAUCAUGCAGAAGCAGCUUUACGACCAGAAGCAGCAGCACAUCGUACACUGCGCUCAGGACGCUCUGGGACGAGUUCUGGGGGUGGACAGCUUCUCUGUGAAAGAACCGCGAGUUUUGUUUGCGAUGAUCACCAAGAACCUGGUGGCUGUCAGUAACCGAGAUUCGGCCACAACCUCCAGUGAAGCGGCGAGCAGCCGGACGGACCGGAGCUCCGAGGUCACGGAAACGGAGAGCCGCUCUUCAUCGCUUGACGAGAGGAGGAGGAGGAGAAGGAGGAGGAGUCACAGGAGUAGUGAUCCAGGGCCCUCUCAGAGCGCGGCGCCGGAGGAUGAAGACGAAGCGCAGGAUGAGGAGGAGGAGGAUGAGGAAGGCAGGAAGAGGAGGCGGUCCGACAGCCUCUCCCUGACCUUUGACGGCAGCCUGUCGUGGUGCGUGAUUGGAGGGCUGGUGAAUGGGCGGGACAGACACAGCAGCCAAUCCUCCAACUCGGAGAGCACGUCGGAAAGGUCAGAGGUCACGGCCGCGCCCUCGGACUCGGACAGCGACAACUUCAGCGUGGAGUUCGAGGUGGAGUCCAUCGACUCUGACGACUACGACGAAGACGACGCUUCUCUGUCUGCAGACGACCAGGUCUACGAGGUCACCAUCUUUGAGGCAGAAGACGAAGACUCCUUUGACGAGGACACAGAGAUCACGGAGGCCGAUUACUGGAGGUGUUCGAAGUGUGACGAGUUAAACCCGCCCCUCCCCAGAAACUGCCUCCGCUGCUGGACUCUGCGUCAGGAUUGGCUGCCUGACCUCUCUACUAACUCCGCCCCCGGCCCCAAGGCGCUUCCCACCAAACCAAGCGACCAAUCAGCUGCCAAAGAAGCUCCAGGUUGUGAUGUUGAGGAGUCUGAAGGAGUCGACGUUCCGGAUGGAAAACGAGCCAAAAGUCCUCCCUCCUCCCAGAGUCAGUCGGACUACAGCUCCUCUGCUCCCAACUCCCAGGACCUCCUCUCGCUGUCCCAGCCCUCCUCCUCCUCCUCGCAGGAGACGCUCUGGCCUCUGGAGUCGCAGCCCUCCAUGUCUUCAGACGCCGGCGAGCUCCUCCCCUCCUCGCCCGCGGCUCCUCCCGCUCCCCAGUGCCUCCCCGAGCUGGAGCGCAGCGUGUCGGCGGAGUGGCGCCUGCCCGAGUCGUGCCUGGACCCGUGCCUCAUCUGCCAGUCCCGCCCCAAAAACGGCUGCAUCGUCCACGGCCGCACGGGUCACCUGAUGUCCUGCUACGUCUGCGCCCGCAAGCUGAAGAAGAGGAACAAGCUGUGUCCCGUCUGCAGGAUGCCCAUCCAGUCCGUGGUCCUCACCUACCUGAGCUGAUACGCCGUCCGCUCAGGCCACGCCUACCUCAGCUGACGCACCUUCAGCCACGCCUCCAGAUGUGUGUUUGAGACGUUUAAAUAAAGGUUUAGUUCGUUUUUUUUCUGAAAGUAUUGUAAGUUCCACCUGACUGCACUUUCUGAAUUUAAUAUCUAAUGUUAUUCAAAUAUUUUUCUGAUUAUUUGUUAAUAAAUCUUUAAUUCAAAUUGA